UUGGGCCUUGGAUGGUACUCUUGGAAGGCGGACGAUCCGGUCUCCACCAUCUAUAAACCUCUUUGUCCACAUCCACCAAGAAAUAUCUGACAGAACAUCACUUACUCAAGUUCAAAACAUCUUGUCUCAUUGGUUCGUUGGCUCUCCUACCCUUAGGCCAAAUCAAUAGCUUUGUCAUCUACCUUGCUUUAGGGACGCCUCUCAAGCCACUUCAGCCGGGCGUCACUAGCCUCGAAGCGUCGAGCCCUUUGACAUCUCUUACUUCAGUUUCCUUUCAACGUUCUUCAGGGCCAUCAAAAAUGAGACGCAAUACUAAGACGUCUGCUGUAGGCCUGUUGGCUUUGGCCUAUCGUGCCUCAGCCCAAGUUGCCAAUACCAGUCCCUCGGACGGUGUAACCUUUGGGCUCAACAUCCCCGAAGCAACAGCAGCAUCCUCCGAUGCUGGAGAGAUCUUUUUCUCGAUAUCUGCACCGAGCAGCUAUGAGUGGGUUGCGCUCGGUCAGGGUAGUGGCAUGGCCAAUUCCAACAUGUUUGUUGUAUACACUUCAGCAGACGGCAAUAACGUGACAUUAUCGCCACGAACGACAAGCAGCUAUAGCGCUCCUAGCCCUAAUGAUGCUGCGCAAGUCACGCUACUUGAAGGCUCUGGUGUCUCGAAUGGUGUCAUGACUGCCAACGUGAGAUGUUCCAACUGUAACAGCUGGUCCGGCGGCACCAUGGACUUUACCUCCAACAGCGGCAACUUCAUCUACGCCUACCAAUCCUCAGGGGGUCCCAAGAACGAUGACUCUACGUCUGCAUCUAUCCGCCAGCACAGUAGCGAAGGCGUCUUCAAUUGGGAGUUCGCUGCCGCUAAGGGAGGCUCAAGUGUAAACCCCCUUCUCAACACCUCCCCCUCCGGUACCACCGGCGGAUCAGGCGCAACUCCGACCAAUUGCCGCCAACGCCCUUCUGGCGCCGCAGCAACAGCAUCAGGAUCAGAAUCAGAAUCAUCAGCCAAACCCAGCAAGACUGCCUCCUACGACGAUGACGACUGGUGGACUGGCCGACCUACCGCGCGCCCAACAUCCUGGCCUACCGGCGCACCAUGGGAUAAACGUCAAUCCGACGACUCCUCACUCCCCUACUGCGAUACGCUUCCCAACAACGGCGGCGCCAACUCUGGUGUCACAACCAUCUCCUCCAGCGAACCCAACACGAAGAAACACCUCAUCGCUCACGGUGUCCUCGCCUCUCUCGCGUUCGUCAUCCUCUUCCCUGCAGGAUCCAUCGCCAUCCGUCUCGCUUCCUUCCCCAGCGUCCUCUGGUUUCACGCCUUGUUCCAGAUCUUCGCUUACAUGACAUACACUGCUGCAUUUGGUCUAGGUAUCUGGCUCGCUCUACCAGUCAGUGGCGGUCACUACAUUGACAGUUACCAUGCCAUCAUCGGCAUGGUCGUCUUCGCGCUCAUCUUCUUCCAACCGAUCUUAGGCUGGAUGCACCACGUCCUCUUCAAGAAGUACAGUCACCGCACUCUCUGGUCCUACGCUCAUAUCUGGGUUGGUCGCAUCGCGAUUACUCUCGGUAUCAUCAACGGUGGGCUUGGCCUACUGCUUGCGGGUAACUCGCCUGAUGGUGAGAUUGCUUACGGCGUUGUUGCUGGUGUUAUGUGGGUUACCUGGGUUGCUGCGGCGAUCUGGGGCGAGAUGAGGAGGAAGAAGGCAGCGAAGUUGGCGGAGCAGCAGAGGCCCGAAAAGCUUACCGGCGAGAGGAGGCAGAGCGAUAACAGCAGGAGUGAUGGGAGUGACACGGAUCUGAAUGGGCACUAUAGGCCUGCUAAGGAACAGCAGGCGUGAGCUGUGUAGGCAGAAACGCGAUUUCUGAUUCUGGUGUCUGGAGUAGUGUACCGAAAACGAAGAGCGAUGUACAUGAUUAGGCGCAGGUAAUUUCCUUUGUUUGUCCGUUUGAGCGA